AUGGCAUGGGUGAAAUUCUUAAGGAAACCUGGAGGUAACCUUGGAAAAGUUUAUCAGCCUGGAAGUAUACUGUCCCUGGCCCCUACCAAAGGCUUGCUGAAUGAACCAGGACAAAACAGCUGCUUCCUUAAUAGUGCUGUGCAGGUGUUAUGGCAACUUGACAUAUUUCGCCGAAGUUUAAGAGGUUUAACUGGACAUGUGUGUCAGGGAGAUGCCUGCAUAUUUUGUGCUUUAAAGGCAAUAUUUUCCCAAUUCCAACACAGUCGAGAAAAAGCACUCCCGUCAGAUAAUAUGAGACAUGCCCUGGCAGAAAGUUUUAAGGAUGAGCAGCGUUUCCAGCUUGGAUUCAUGGAUGAUGCAGCAGAAUGCUUUGAAAAUAUCCUUGAGAGGAUUCAUUUUCACUUGGUGCCAAAUAGUGAAACAGAUAUGUGCACUUCAAAAUCCUGCAUUUCUCACCAGAAGUUUGCUAUGACGCUGUACGAACAGUGUGUAUGUCGCAGCUGUGGAGCGUCAUCAGACCCGUUGCCUUUUACAGAAUUUGUGCGUUACAUUUCUACCACAGCCCUGUGUAACGAAGUAGAAAGAAUGAUGGAGAGGCAUGAACGUCUCAAGCCAGAAAUGUUUGCAGAAUUGCUGCAAGCAGCAAAUACUGCUGAUGACUACAGAAAGUGUCCUAGUAACUGUGGUCAAAAAAUAAAAAUCCGUCGCGUUCUUAUGAAUUGUCCUGAGAUUGUCACAAUUGGUUUAGUCUGGGAUUCAGAGCACUCUGACCUGACGGAAGAGGUCAUGCGGAAUCUGGCAACACAGCUUUAUCUUCCUGGGCUGUUUUAUAGGGUUACAGAUGAAAAUGCCAAAAACAGUGAACUUUUUCUUGUGGGAAUGAUUUGCUACACAAGCCGACAUUACUGUGCCUUUGCCUUUCACACCAAGAGUUGCAAAUGGGUCCUGUUUGAUGAUGCUAAUGUAAAAGAGAUUGGAACAAAAUGGAAAGAUGUAGUCUCCAGAUGCAUUCGAUGUCACUUUCAGCCAUUGUUGCUCUUUUAUGCUAACCCAAAUGGCACAGCUGUAUCUCCAGAAGAUGCUCCAAAGCAGAUUAUUCACUGGUCUCAAUGCAAAGCAGCAGGAGGAAAUGGGGAAGACUUGGGAUUUGAAAAGCAUGCUGCUCCUAAAUCAGACCACAUGAAAGAGAAUGGAACUGGAGACCACACUAAUCAAAGGAGUAAUAAAAAACUUCAGCCAGAUAAUUCAGCAUUCAGUAGAAGCCAUAUUCAAGCUAGUGGUGGUAGAGGUCCAGCUAAGUUAUGUUACAGUGAUCAAAAGGACAGGCUAAAAGACAUAUCCAGAGAGUGUGCUCAGAAAGCUGCUGAUAUGAAAAGCUUCUCAUCGUUGCGAAAAGAUGCAGACAGAGGACCAAGAAAAGAGUCUGGAAAACUAAGAGAUUUGAUUGGGGAAGAUCGUUCCAGUGUCAAGUCAGGAUCUCCUCCGGUUGGGAAUGGAUUUAGGCACUGUGCUGAUCAGCGCAUAUACAGCAGCCAGGGAAAAGGCUCCUGUAAGCAUGACAGUGCACCUCAUCAAGCAAAGCUUUCUGCACAGGGGCUUGGAUCACACAAACCAGAAGCUUUUCCUGCUGGGGAGAAGCCAGUCAUCAGGACCCGGACUGAUGGUGUCACUGGCUAUGAUACAGACACCAGUCAAGACUCAAAGGACAAAGGAAGUAUCAGCAGCAGAAGCAGAAGUAAAGGUUGGAAACCAAUGCGAGAGACACUAAACGUAGACAGCAUUUUCAGUGAGGCUGAGAAAAAACAGCAUAGCCCAAAGCAUAAGGCAAAUCCCAGCACUAAAUCUAAGCAUGAAAAGGAGCGAAGCUUUAACCAUUGGCCAAAGGAGAACUAUAUUCAGAAAGGUUUAAUGACUAUAUAUGAAGAUGAAACAAAACAGGAUACAGGAAGUCGAAGCUCACUGGAUUCAGAGGGCAAAGGGAACGCUGAUAAAAGCAAAGGAUUUACAGAAAGGAAAGUUCAUGGUGAUAACGGGCAAAUUCAGAGGACAGAAUCUGGAUAUGAAAGCAGUGAUUAUAUCAGCAAUGGAUCUGCAAAUCCAGACUCACCUGUAAUUGAAGGAAUCAUUCCAGCAGAUGUCAAGAACGUUAAAGAAAGUGCUUCCUGCAGUGAACAGAGCUUGUCAACCAAAAAAGCUGACGGUGUGUUACAUUCAGUAUCACAGCAGAACAGAAAUUUUUAUGCCCCAGACCUGAGGAAAGACCAGAUCAGUUCAGAAGUUAACUGCAGACCUCAUGUUAAUUUCCCAGCAGAAUUACAUGUGCAGGUGCCCAGCCCUCUGGUGAAAAGAGUUGAAAUGCCUGACACCAGCAGGAAACUUUUUCCAUCGUCAGCUCUACAACCAGUUCUUAAAGAGAUUAUUAAGUCAGAGAGUAGGAGUAAGGUAAAUGAACAGAAUUCUUCAGAGUGGUUCAAUCCAGACAAAUCUGAGAAGAUGAAUGUGUCAGUUUAUAGCGCUGAUGGCGUGUCCCAGCCCUAUGCAGAUACUCUCUGUGGAAGGAAGCCAAUCAACAGUGACCCUCACUCCUCUUCCCAGCCACAGCCUCAUCAUGCAAGAACAUUUGGUCCCAAGAUGGGGUUGGCACCUUGUGUGCCACAGAACCUGUCAGAAAGGCCUGUGGUACUUCCCCCUCCUCUGGGUGAGCAUGCCGGGCACCCACCCCAAAAGGUGGAUGCUCUUUGGGUACCUGAAGCAGUGUACCAGAAUCUUCCUCCCCCUUUACCACCAAAGAAAUAUGCCCUGAAUACUUUUCCAGGAUCAGAAAAUAACUCGGCAGCUGAUGUGAAAUGGGCAGAAGUGUUGCACAAUAACCCGCAGAGGCAAACCGGCGCACCUCUGAAAUCUGCAUCAGAAGCAGGCAUAUUUACAAAUGAACAAAGGCUUAAAGAGCCAUUGCAAGGGAACGAGCUGUUUGUUCACAAACAGGAUUCUCCAUCUCGCUUACCAGUUAAUGACUUCUGGAUGGUGUCUGAAAACUUUCUCAAGAAAGGAUCUCGCCAUAUGGGACCAAGUCCUGGCUACGUGGAUGGAAAUGAUAGUGUAGCCCUAACAACUUAUUUUUCAGUAGAUAGUUGUAUGACUGACACGUACAGGAUGAAAUAUCAUCAGAGACCCAAGCUGUAUUUUACAGAUAGUGGAAACUUCCACAAGGAAAAGCAUCCUCCGUCAGCUGGAGAACUGACUGCAACAUACCAUGCUCCUGAGCCCAGGCAUCCCAUGCCUGAGCAAAGAUACAAAGCAAAUGUUGAAGGCAUCCACUGCAGUAGAUGAAUUCUUCAAAAUCCCAUAAAAUCCAGAUGUGACUUUUGCAUUUCAUGCAGUCUGUAAAUGGGCACAAACUCUGAGCCUCUGUGUGAUAACAAGGUACCCAGUUGACUGUACUUGGCUUAGGAGUUAUGACUGCUUAAAUGAAUAUGCAAACAGAGGAGAAGAGGUGCUAAACUUCUGGUUCUUUGAUUUGUUACACUAGUUGCCUUAAUGCUUACCUCUGUUAGCCAGCUUGUCUUCUACAGUUUGUAUUAAAAAUGGUCCCUUUGGGCAUACGCCUCUUCAGCAGUGGGAUGAGCUAGAUGUUACUGAUUUUGUAAGAAGAUUUAAUUACAGUUUAAAAAGUGUUCCUUCAGACUGUGGUCACUACAUACCUGGACUAACAAAAGGGAUAAACACAUUACUACAUGUAAUGCAAUAAAUAUAGUUGUAAUAGAGCAAUAUUUGUCCCAAUAGGUAGCAGGAGGUGACAUGGGUUUUUUGUUUUUCUUUUUCAACUGACU